AUGGCGUCUCUGGUUCGAUCAGCGACUCUCAGAUUUCUCAAACCACUCGGCAAUCUCACGCUAAACGACGCCGUUAACCACCCGCGAACCCAAACCCAAAGCCUCCGGGCGUUCUCGACUACCUUGUCGCCGCCGUCAAAGGCUGUGGUGUACGAGCAACACGGUCCUCCCGAUAGGGUCACCAGAGUGAUACAGUUGCCGCCAGUUGAAGUGAAAGAGAACGAUGUGUGCGUGAAAAUGUUGGCUGCUCCAAUCAACCCUUCUGAUAUUAAUCGAAUUGAAGGGGUAUACCCUGUGAGGCCACAAGUGCCAGCUGUUGGAGGAUAUGAAGGUGUAGGAGAGGUACAUUCGGUCGGAGCUGCAGUUAAGGGUCUCUUGCCCGGGGAUUUAGUCAUCCCAUCUCCGCCUUCUUUCGGGACAUGGCAGACUUAUAUUGUGAAGGAUCAGAGUGUAUGGUACAAAAUAAAUAAGAAUUCACCCCUGGAAUAUGCCGCCACUAUUACGGUUAAUCCUUUGACUGCUCUAAGAAUGCUUGAAGACUUCGUUACUUUAAACAAAGGAGAUACUAUUGUUCAAAAUGGAGCCACAAGCAUUGUAGGGCAGUGCAUUAUUCAGCUUGCGCACCAUCGUGGCAUCCAUAACAUUAAUAUAAUAAGGGACAGGACUGGGUCUGAUGAAGUAAAAGAGAAACUCAAAAACCUUGGUGCUGAUGAAGUUUUUACUGAGAGUCAACUGGAAGUCAAGAAUGUCAAGGGUCUUCUGUCUGGUAUACCUGAACCUGCAUUAGGAUUUAACUGCGUUGGAGGCAAUGCUGCUUCUUUGGUUCUUAAAUUUUUGGGGCGGGGUGGAACUAUGGUGACAUAUGGUGGAAUGUCUAAGAAACCCAUUACUGUAUCAACGUCAUCUUUCAUUUUUAAGGAUCUUUCCUUGAGGGGAUUCUGGUUGCAGAAUUGGAUGAGUACGGAGAGGGCAAAAGAGUGUAGAGUUUUGAUAGAUUCCCUCCUGGACCUAGCACGGGAAGGGAAGUUAAAAUAUGAGAUGGAGCUGGUUCCUUUUGACAAUUUCAAUGCUGCAAUAGAUAAGGCCCUUGGGAAGCAAGGGAGCCAACCAAAACAAGUUAUCAAUUUUCAACUUUGA